AGGUUGAGUGGCGAGGUUGUGGGUUGUUCACAAGCAGCGAGUCUUUGCUCUGGCAGGUCCGAGUUCCGAACCAUGCCUUCGGAGCUCAGGCUAAGGCAGGGGAGAAAGAGAUUCAAGAACCGUGGGGCACGUUUGAAGAUGGCAGUUGUUGAUAGUGGCUACAGAGGCGAGAAUCUUUCCCUCGGGAUGUAUCACGAAGCUUGGAGUUUUGGCCAGGGGAUCAACAUGGUGGCCAGCCCUCGGUUUGGCUUCUGGUCUGCCGUACGUCAGCGUCUGCAGAGAAUGUGCUCCUGGAGGCUCUUGGGCCUGUUUCUGCUUUUCCUCUGGGCUCUGGUGAUCCUGUGCUAUCUUGCGAACUCUGAUUCUUUUUCGCCAAGACAGAAGUUGCCAAGGUACAAUGCAGCUCUACAUCAUGGAUCCGAAUGGGAAUUUCUGGCCAACUUUUUCUUUCCAACAACAUGCAUCAUAAGGGGCAACCAGAAGGUAGUGCCUUGUAAUAAGCAGCCAAAUCUCAGCAAGACUGAAUGUUUAAAAUCCAAGUGCUGUUUUUCAUCAUCUGGGACCAAAGUGAAGUGCUAUGCCCCACUAAGAGAUAAACCUACACAGAUGCUCCGGGCAUUUGGGCUCUCUUUGAUCAGCAUGGUAUUCCUGGGAUUUCUUCCUAUGUAUUGCUGCCUUCUUUGCCGGAGGAGCAGACAGUUUAAUCCUUUAAGAAGAAGGAUGAACAGAGUGAUGAAGGUUUUGAAGAAAAAAAAAAUAAAACUGAAGAGGGAGCUAAAAGCAAGGAAAGCACCAGAAGAAGAGACAGGAGAUAGAAAGGAGCAGGAGACUAGAGCAUUUCUUUCUGAUUGAGAAUGCAGACCUGCCAGAAGAGAGACUUUCCUAGUCAUCCAAAUCUAGUUAACACUAGAAAGACUUGUUUUGUCAUAGUUUCAAAUAAAAUUAAAGUUCUGUUUUGUGCAUCAAA